CACGUCUGUGGAAAGAGAAACCGAGUUAACAUUUGCUACAGAGACACUCAGAUUAGUAAAUAGUUGAGACCAACAGUAUUAAUGAAUUUAAGGGAAUCUAUGUAACCCCAUCAUCGAAGAAAAGUGGGUGUGUCGUUAGCUAAAAUUAUGUGCCGCCAGUUCCGAUUACGUCCCGAUCCGGAGUAUCGACAAUUCCUCCUUCCCCUUCCCCCGGUUGCUGCUCGACCCUCUGAGUUCUUCCAGCUGUUUAUAUAUUUUUUUGCUUUAUAUCCCAGAAUCUCAUUGCACCUCCAAUUCCGUCUUGUCUGAUUGUGAAGACAGACCAAUUGGAUAUUAAGGGAAUCGGGGACUAGGUGCUGCUGCGGAAAAGUGACGCUGUGUUGAAGGCCAGUCGUUAUAUUGUUUGAAUCACGAAGGUCCGAAUGAUCGGUUCUGGGGUCACCUUCCUGUAACGAAUCGAUAAUCUCUGCACCAUCGACUCUUCCUCUGAUUCGCUUCAGGCUGCUGCAGUCAUUUUAACUAUCUGACCUUUAUAUUUAGAAACAUGAUUUUAAAAAACAUCUCUGAGAGCAUAGCUUUACUGUUUAUGGGAGUUCACCACAAUUACGUAGAGCAGUGACGGUAGUUUCUAUGGUUCUGAGAUUGACUUCAUUGAUUACAAACCUGCUGGGACUUGUAGAGGUCGUGAAAGGCACUGCAACAAAAAAAACUGUUUGAUUGACGUCCCCUCUCCUCUUCCGAUUGGCUGUCUAUGUUCCCGGUUCCAAUUGACUGAGGCGAGGGUGGGCGUGAUCGGAAUCACAACAGAUGCGGAAGCCGCGCUGAGGUUGGAAACAUUCCGAUAGCAAGGAGUUGGGAGGAGAGCAGAGAAAGGAAUCAAAACAGCAGGAUUAAGAGCUGUAAGGAAUGUGAAUUUACAGGAAAACAAGGUCCUGUAACUCGCAAUUUAAUGGGACACCUACCGCCCCUCGUCCCCGCUGCACCGAAUCCGGAUUUCGAUGAAACGCAUUGGAAAUGGUGCGAGUAUACAACUGCCAUCCGUUUUCCUCCCAGUUCAUCGUCCCGGUUGAGCACGAACCUGAUACUUUCUGCAGUGGGAGAGAUAUUCUCUUCGUUAUAUCCGCUGGGUGUAAAGUAGAGACAUUUAACCUUGUCCAGGGCGGAUGUGACCCCCUCUGCACGUUCGCCACUCUCGGGAAAGUCCAGAAAAUAACAUUCAGCGACAUAGGAGAUUACCUUGCUGCAAUCGAAGAGAAGAACAAGAUUCUUUCCCUCCGUGUCUACUUAAACUGGAGAAGAUGCCAAGCGAAGAGGUCCCCGCGAGUCAGCAUCCGAAUGGUGGGACAUGCGUUGCAAGCCCCGUUUAUUGGAGCACCCAAGGAUCAAAUGGAAAUCAUAGAAGUGCCCCUUUCGGAGCCCCCCAUUUCCAUUUGCUGCUGCCCUGUGAAGGGGGAUCUAGUGGUUGGGUGUCAAAACAAAGUGGUGCUGUUCCGCUUGAAGGAAAGGAUGGUGGACGGUGACAGUCCUGUGUUAGACUUCGAGCGAUUCUUGAUCGUGCACGUCCAUCUGGAUUUGCUGGAAGUGGCCUUCUGUCGCGGAUGUGUGGCCGUGGUGACGGACCUGGAAGUGCUGGUGCUGAAACUGGAGAACGCCCAACAAGAGGAGGGCAAGAGCCAGCCGGAGAACCCCCCGAAAAUGGCGCUGGUCACCCCAGAUGAAGGGGGAAACGAGCCUGCAGAAGCACCUCUGAGCCAAGAGCAGGAUGAUUUUGUCCUCUUCCAAGGCUCUUUGGAACUGCUUGGUGAAGAUGCUUCAGGAUCGGGAGUGUCGAUCAGUUUGGAAUGGACCGGUGUGGAGGCUUUGAACGCUGAGCUGCAGGAUAGUUUACAUCUCCGGCAAGUUCUCUACCGGCGUUUUGCACCAGAUUUAUCCCAUAUUUACUUGGAUGAGAAAACAUCACUGCACUCCUUACAGCUGCUCCCAAUAUUUUCUGCAGGAGACUUGGAACCAAACGGUUCUCCGGGGAGGAAGGAGAGGCAAAUGCUCAGCCUGUUCUGUUUCUUUUCGUUGCCGCACACAGGCUACCUGUACUCUGUUGGCAAUAUGGUGCAGGAGCUCUCCACCUACAGUUACCCAGAGAAGGCGAAGCAAGCAAUGCUGAGUUCCCAGCUCUUGCAUGUCAUCACCAGGAAUCACUUGCUGUGUUACAGUGUCAGAUGCAGUGCAGUAGCUGCUCGAGAUAUUGAUCCUGAAAUUGACACUAAUAACAAGGCCUGUCCACCAUUCUUCCUGCCUGUGUCUGCCCUGCGUAUGCAACUCUUUAUCGGGUUGAGAGCUGUGUGCCAUUCCAGGAACCACCUAAUACUGCUGUCCAAAGCAGAAUUCAACGCACAAAGCAGACAGAAUGAAUCCAGUAAAGGAUCACUCCAAAGAUCCAGGACUCUGAAUAAUACGCCACCAGUUAUUAAGGAAUGUGGCUGGAAUUUAUACUGCUUGCAGGUGAUUCCAACAGUUCAGCUGUGCAAAGAGAUGGUGGAGUACAGCUUGAAGUACAAGACCUGCAGUCCACAGAGUUACGUCCACUUGCUGAGUGAAGCACACCUCAUGCUAAAGGCUGCUCUCCUGGAUCCCGACCUCGGCCAGUGUGACAGCCCCGAACUACUCUCCGCUUUCCGAGAGAACUGCAUCCAGUUGGGAGACUGUUUUAGUCAGUUUGAGAUGGAUGAUUUUCACCUCACUCUCCCCUACUAUAAGAUGUCGGGCAAGUCAUUGAGUGAACUAAUCAGCAGGAUGCUUGUCUGGGAAAAUGAACCUCAGAAGUUUGGAAAAGGAUUUAUGUACUACUUGAAGCACUUAGUCUAUGAGGAAAUUGAAGAGCCGCUCAGUGCAGAAACGGCAAACCAAGUGUUGCAGGUAUUCAAGCUGUCAGAACCAACCCAAAUUCCCCACGCCGUGUGCAGCCCGUGCAUGAGAAACGUGUGCCUGAGGACGGCAUGGGACCAUCUGGAAAGGCUGGCCUCCAUCAGCCCGUCGCCCCUGGUGACGUUGACCAAAGCAUUGGUGGCGUUAAGAAUUGAAGACCAGCAGAAAUACCAGAUGGCCAUGAGGCGAUACACAGAGAUGAGGUUGAUUAAUGGAUUUGUGGACGAACCAAAUCUCCUGCGGUAUCAUGGCGUUGUGGCAACUGAACUGUCCCAUGAGCUGGAGAAGACCCAACCGGGCCUCCUGGUGGUUGCAUUUGUAGCUCUACUGAGAAGUAACAAAGUCACCCUUGAGGAGGCUGAACUAUUCUUCAAGGGACUCUGUGGUAAGAGUGACAAAGACAAUGUGGCAGAGAAUCCACAGGUGCUGGUUGACUUCUGGGAAGCGGCAUUGAUAUCCUGCACCGACGAUGUGUUGAUCGAAGUCCUUCUGAUGAAGCUGGUGUCCGUGUACCUCCACAGGACAGCCCAGAGGAUAAAGCCCGACCAGAAACCACUGAAAACAGUGGAUGAACUGAUCAGUUCAUGUGGUCAUUUUGGGAAGAUUUUCCCCUGGAUCCAUACUAUCAAUGCCUCCAACUCUGAACCACUUGGUCCUUCAGAAGAUCUGCAGAAACUGCAGUCCAUUCUGUGUGGUUCUUCAAUCGAAAUAACUUCUGUUCUUCACCUUCUGCAACACCUGCCUGAUGAUGACCUGACAGCACUAAGUAUCUAUGCAUUGUGUGACACCAGACUGGGCAAAUGUGAGCAUGUAACUGACCUUCUCCUCGACCGAUGCCCUGAAGCGCUUCUACCAUUUGCCACCUGUGAGAUGCAGCAAGGGAAUCAGCCUCUGUGGUGGAAGAAACUGCUGCCUGAACUUUGCAGGCGAAUAAGAGGAACUGGAAGAGAAAAUAAAAUCCUGGUGUCUUCACUGCAGGAGACCCUGAUGGUGGUAGCUGCCAUUCUCCCACCCCUGGAUUUUCUGAGAGUGCUGCCAGACGAUGGUGUUGCUUCAUUUUUCCUACCUUACCUUCUGGAAUGCAGCAGGAAGAACUCAAUCACGUGACUGGCAGCGUGCAGUGGGCAGCGGGCGGCUGUGCUGUGUGUUCUUGGGAGCUCGGGAGGGAGCGGCGUUAUUGUGCCUUGAUUCCUGCGCAGCAUGCAACUGCAGCCCGAUGCAAGUGUGGACCGGAAUUGCGAAGGUCAACAAAACACUAUCGUAGGAAAACCUGGCAGGAAACUUGGCCCCAUGGAGUCACGGCAGUGCACGUUUAGAAACCACACACCUGGGAGCAGAAACUCACACCAACGCGGCUGACUGUAGCUAACACACUCUUGUGACAAUUCCCACCAUUCCUACAGCAGUAUUACUGAGCACUUGAGUGUAAGGGUUCAUGUGUGAGCUUCUCUGGGAUUUCUCCUGACUGAUUAGCGUGUCUACUCAGUCAUUUAUCGGAAGUAGGUUUUCUUUGAGUUUUCAGAAACUUUCCUUGAAUUUGCCCUAAUAUUAUCCACAAUGCUGAAACCCGGUUGCUAGAUGUCAGACCACCUGUUUCUGAAAAGCUGGAAUAACAAAUCUAUUACUACUUUGCUUCAUAAGGUUACUUCCCUAUUCCUGCUUGUCUAACUACAGACCUAUGUCCCUGUCUGAGAGGGUUAUUUACAUUCCAGUGACCUGUACAAUAAUUGAACCACUGAGACUCUCUUCACCUUCUGUAUAUUUAACCAAUUAUUUAUUUAUGCUGUUGAUAUUUCACAUCAUAUUGACAGGGGUGUCAGAGAUUGAAUCUGUUUUGAACCAUUACCCUUUUAGCCAAAGAGCCACAAAUAUUUUUUUUUAGGUUAGGACAAUGGUAAUACUAUUAAAUUUUACUUUACUGGUUUUGCACUCAUCUAAUCAUGAUGGACUAAUUAGUUCACAAACUUGUUUCCCAGAUGAAUGUUGAGAAGAGAGUGCAAUAAAAUUCAAUAAUGAAACUUUUCAAGCUGAAUGCUUUCCAAGUUCAAGUUUAUUGUCACCUGACUGUACAUAAAUACAACCAAAUGAAACAACUUUCCUCCAGAAAGUGGUGCACCUGCAAAACAUACAUCACACACAGUGCAUUAACCAAAAUAUUACCAUAAAAAAUUAAUGAAAUAUAAUCCAAAAUGCACGUAGUGUGCAGUGCGGUAAAGAGCUCGCUGUCCUGGUGAUGAGACCUUGCUGGUGACAGGGUUUUCAUUAGUCUCUCAACCUGAGGGAAGAAGCUGUUACCCAGUCUAGCAGUCCUAAUCCAGAUGCUUCUGUGCCCCCUUCCUGACGGUAGUUGGUCGAAGAGAUUGUGGGAUGGAUUGUAGGGAUCCUCAACAAUGCUUUGGGUCCUUUGUCCGCAGCCUUCAAAGUAAAUAUCAAAAAUGGGGGGAAGAAGGCCCCAAUGAUUCUCUCAGCAGUUUUUACUAUCCUCUAUAGGGUCUUGCAGUCCGAUCCUUGCAGUUUCUGUGCCACACAACGAUGCAGACUGACAGGGCACUCUUGAUAAUGCUCCUGUAGAAAGUUAUUAGAAUUUGGGGGUGUGGAGGUUUACCCACCUCAAUCUCUUCAAAGCAUGGAUGCUGCUGUACCUUCCUGAGGAGGUGUCGUGGGUUCAGGUCAGGUUGUCCGUUAUGUGCACGUCACGGGACUUUGGCUCUGUUGCGGAAAGAGUAAACAGCGUAGUGAUGUGUAGUGAGAGUAGUCAACCCAUGCCUUCCUGAAGACCCCGAUCAUCUCUUUUGUCUUGUCCAUAUUGAGACUCGGGUUUGAUAAGCCACUUUACCUCCUUGUGCUGACUCAUAAUUGUUGCUGAUGAGGCCAACUACAGUCAUAGAAAAGUCCAGCACAGAAACAGGCCCAUCAGCCCAUCUAGCGCAUGCCAAGCCAUUUAAGCUGCCUACUCCCAUCGGCCCACACUGGGACCAUAGCCCUCCAUACCCCUACCAUCAAUGUUCUCAUCAACACUUCUCUUAAAUGUUGAAAUCAAGAUUGCAUGUGCUACUUGUGCUGGCAGCUCGUUCCACACUGAUGACCCUCUGAGUGAAGAAGUUUCACCUCAUGUUCCCCUUAAACUUUUCAUCUAUCACACUUAACCCAUGACCUCUAGUUUCAGUCCCACCCAAUCUCAGUGGAAAAAGCCUGCUUGAAUUUAUCCUAUCUAUACCCCUCAUAAUUUUGUAUACCUCUAUUAAAUGCCCUCUCUAUCUUUUAUGUGCCAAGAAAUAAAGUCCAAACCUAUUCAAUCUUCCCUUAUAACUCAGGUCCUCCAGACCUGGUGACAUGAUUGUAAAUUUUCUCCAUAUUCUUUCAACCUCAUUUGCAUCUUUCCUGUAGGUAGGUGAUUAACACUGCACAGAAUAUUCCAAAUUAGACCUCACCAAUGUCUUAUAGAACUUAAACAUAACAUCUAACUUCCUGUACUCAAUAUUUUGAUUUAUGAAGGCCAAAAUGCCAAAAGCUUUCUUUACCACCCUAUCAACCUGUGACAGUACUUUCAGAGAAUUAUGUUCCUGCAUUUCCAGAUCCCUUUGUUCUACCACACUCCUCAGUACCCUAUCAUUCUCUGUGUAAAACCUACCCUGGUUGGUCCUACCUAUAUGCCUAGCACUUGUCUGUGUUGAAUUCCAUCUGUCAUCUUUCAGCCUGUUUUUCCAGGUGUUCCAAAUCCCACUGCAAGUCAUGGUAGUCUACCUCAAUGUCCACCACACCCCCAAUCUUGGUGUCAUCUGCCAAUUUGCUGAUCCAGUUUACCACAUUAACAUCAAGAUUGUUGAUAUGGUUGUCAAAUAACAACAGACCUAGCACCAAUCCCUGUGGCACACCUCUAGUCACAGGCCUCCAGUCAGAGGGGAAACCAUCUGCUACCACUCCUCGGCUUCUCCCACAAGGCCGAUGUUUAAUCCAAUUUACUACCUCAUUUUGAAUGCCGUGUGACUGAACCUUCUUAACUAACCUCCCAUGCAGGAUCUUGGCAAAUGUCAUGCAGAUACCAUCCACUAACUUGCCUUCAUCAACUUUCCUGAUUGGUUAGACACGGCCUGUCGGCCUACCACAUACAAGGCCUUGCCUGUCUAUCCUUAAUCAGUCCAUGUUCUAUCCAAAUACUCAUAUAUUCAAUCCCUUAGAAUACCUUCCAAUAACUUUCCCACUACAGAUGUCAGGCUCACCGGUCUACAAUUUCCUGGUUUAUUUUCAGAGCCUUUCUUAACAGCAGAACAACAUUGGCUACCCUCCAACCCGCUGGCAUAUUACCUGUCGCUAAGGAUGAUUUAAAUAUCUUUGCUAGGGCCCCAGCAAUUUCUGCACUUGUCUCCCGCAACAUUCGAAGGAACACCUUGUCUGGCCCUGAGGAUAUAUCCACCCUAAUUUGCCUCACGACAGUGAACACCAUCUCCUGUGUAAAGUCUGUCUAGAGUCAUGAAGUUGAUGCCAUUUUGCCUUACUACUAUAGACUCAGUGUCCAUCUCCUGAGUAAAUAGAGAUGCAAAAAAAAUCAAGCAACACACAUCAAAGUUGCUGGUGAACGCAGCAGGCCAGGCAGCAUCUCUAGGAGGAGGUACAGUCGACGUUUCAGGCCAGACCUAUCUUCUUGCAUAUUUACUUUGAAACAAAUGGCAUUGUGAUCAUACCUUUCUUAUUCUUCAGUUCCAUCCAUAGCACCUCACUGGAUUAGUUCUCCAGUCUGUUCUGAUUGAGUACUGCCAUGAUGUUUUUCUUGACUAGUAAUGUCACCGUCCUCCUUUAAUCCCUUCUGCUUUGUCAAUUCUACAACAAUGGGACCCUGGAACAUUGAGCUGUCCCUCCUGCAACCAUAAUGGCUAUAAUAUCAUAAUUCCAGGAGUUGAUCCAUACCCUGAUCUCAUCUGCCUUUCCUAUGAUACUUCUCGCAUUGAAAUAUGCGCAGCUCGGCACAUUAGUCACAGCAUGCAAAACCUUUUAAUUCCUGACUUUGUGUGAGGACUUAAAAACAUCUGUCUCCACAACCUGGCACUCUGGUUCCUAUCCCCCUGCAACUCUAGAUUAGACCCCACCGUGCAGCACUAGCAAACCUUCCUGCUAGGCUAUUAGUCCCCUUCCAGCUCAGGUGCAAACCAUCUCUUCUGUACAGGUCCCUCCUUCCCUGGAAGAGAGACCAAAGAUCCUAAAAUCUUAUGCUGUCCUUCCUUCCCCAGUGCCAUCAGUGAACUUGGUGCAGUUUGAGCUGGGAUUGGCAGUGCACUCAUCAGUCAGCAGUGUGAAGAUCGGGGAGCUGAGCACACGGCCCUGGGAGGCACCUGUGCUCAACAUGAAACAGUUGAGAUGUUGCUGCCAACUCAGACUGAUUAGGGUCCUUCCAUCAAGAAAUCCAAGAUCCAGUUAGAGAUAAGGGUGCUGAGUCACCCCUCAGAGGUCCCUGAGGAAAUUACCAUGUCAAAUGCCGAACCGAAGUUGAUGAACAACAUCCUGAUGUAUGAGGUAUCAUCUUCUAGAUCAGACAGAGCGGAGCGGAGGGCUGAGGCUAAAGCAUCAUCAUUGGACUGGUUUGAAUGGUAGACGAACUGGAAAGGGUCCUAUGUCACAGGAACGUGGGAAUUUAUACCACCCAUUAUUAUCUGCUCAAAGCACUUCAUCCCGGGAUCAAUAAAGUAUGACUAUGACUAUGACUUCAUGAUUGUUGGAAGUCAGUGCCGCCGGGGGUGGUAAUUGUUCAGGCCAGUUAUUGUUGCUGUCUUGGGCACUGGAAUAAUAGUGGCUGCCUUGAAGCCUGCAGGGGCAGUGGACUGUUUUAAAGAGAUACAAAAGAUAUCCAUUAAGCCCUCUAUUAGCUGGGUCACACAAUCCCUCAGCAUCUAACCAGGUACCUGUUGUUGUACUCCCCACGGCUUUGCAUGGCUUUACCCUGGCUAGGGUCCUCCUCACCUUAGCUACAGUCAGACAGGGUGCCUGUUCCCCAGGGGUGCAGGGGGCUUUUCUCGAUAUCACAUCGUUCAAUGCAUCAAAUCGUGCAUAGAAGGCGUGCAGUUUAUCAGAAAGGGGUGGACUUCUACUUGGCAAUUGUUUGUAUACCUUGCCUCAUGUGCCCUGUGCCCUUGGUGUCACGAAAGUGCCCGUGAAUUUUCUGUGAGUACUCUCACUUUUCCUUAUGACAUGUGAGAAUGCGGCUCUUGUUGACCUUAGAAUCGUCCAAUCCAUAAGACCAUAAGAGAUCGGAGCAGAAUUAGGCCUUCUGGCCCAUUGAGUCUGCUCCACUAUUCAAUCAUAACUGAUCCUUUUUACUAUCUCCUCCUCAACCCUAGUUUCUGGUCUUCUCCCCAUAACCUUUGAUGCCAUGUCCAAUCAAGAACCUGUCAAUCCCUGCCUUAAAUACAUCCAAUGACCUGGCCUCCACAGUUGCACGUGGCAACAAAUUCCACAAACUCACCACCCUUUGACUAAAGAAAUUUCUCCGCAUCUCUGUUUUGAAAGGGCACCCUUCUAUCCUGAGGCUGUGCCCUCUUAUCCUAAGCUCUCCCACCAUGGGAAACAUCCUUAUCACAUCUACUCUGGCUAAUCCACCUAUCUGAAGCAGCAUCUAGAUCACUGAGUAGUGCACGAAACUCGGCACAGUCAGCCGUGGCCUCGGGUUUGCCCUAGGAGUAUAGCCUUUAAUCGCAGUAACAUGAUCCUUGUGUUUCCAGGGGUGAGUGGCGGAAGUAUACACGGUAUUGGUGCAUAAAAACCAUUUACACAGGCAUAUGGACAUGCAGAAAAUGGAGGGAUGUGGAUCAUGUGCAGCCAGAUAGGUUUAGUUCGAUGUCAGAAUCAAGUGUACUAUCACAGCGCCUCUUUCAUCUCAGACAGUUGGAGAAAUUCAGCAUAAGUCCCCAAAUCCCAAAGACUCUCUAUAGGGGCACAACUGAGAGCAUCCUGACUGGCUGCAUCACAGCCCCAUAUAGCAACUGUACUUCCCUCAAUCGCAAGACUCUGCAGAGAGUGGUGCGGACAGCCCAGCACAUCUGUAGAUGUGAACUUCCCACUAUUCAGGACAUUUACAAAGACUGGUGUGUAAAAAGGGCCCGAAGGAUCAUUGGGGACCCGAGUCACCCCAACCACAAACUGUUCCAGCUGCUACCGUCCGGGAAAUGGUACAGCAGCAUAAAAGCCAGAACCAACAAGCUCCGGGACAGCUUCUUCCACCAGGCCAUCAGACCGACUUCACGCUGGCACAAUUGUAUUUCUAAGCUAUAUUGACCGUUCUGUUGUAUGUCUUACUGUACAUACUAUUUAUUACAAAUUACUAUAAUUUGCACAUUGCACAUUCAGACAGAGACAUAACAUAAAGAUUUUUACUGGUGUAUGUGAAGGAUGUAAGAAAUAAAGUCAAUUCAGUUCAAUUGUUGUUUCAUGGCAGCAGUACUGUGCAAUACAUAAAAAUAUACUAUAAAUAUAUAUAUCAAAUUAAACAUCCAAUUAACUAAGUAGUGCAUAAAGAGAUGGUGUUCAUGGGUUCAUUGUCCAUUCAGAAACCUAAUAGGAAACCAAUCGGAGCUGGUGGUAGACCUGAGGAGAGCUAAGGCACCGGUGACCCCUGUUUCCAUCCAGGGGGUCAGUGUGGACAUGGUGGAGGAUUACAAAUACCUGGGGAUACGAAUUGACAAUAAACUGGACUGGUCAAAGAACACUGAGGCUGUCUACAAGAAGGGUCAGAGCCGUCUCUAUUUCCUGAGGAGACUGAGGUCCUUUAACAUCUGCCGGAUGAUGCUGAGGAUGUUCUACGAGUCUGUGGUGGCCAGUGUGAUCAUGUUUGCUGUUGUGUGCUGGGGCAGCAGACUGAGGGUAGCAGACACCAACAGAAUCAACAAACUCAUUUAUAAGGCCAGUGAUGUGGGGAUGGAACUGGACUCUCUGACGGUGGUGUCUGAAAAGAGGAUGCUGUCCAAGUUGCAUGCCAUCUUGGACAAUGUCUCCCAUCCACUACAUGAUGUACUAGUUGGGCACAGGAGUACAUUCAGCCAGAGACUCAUUCCACCGAGAUUCAACACAGAGCGUCAUAGGAAGUCAUUCCUGCCUGUGGCCAUCAAACUUUACAACUCCUCCCUUGGAGGGUCAGACACCCUGAGCCAAUAGGCUGGUCCUGGACUUAUUUCCUGGCAUAAUUUACAUAUUACUAUUUAAUUAUUUAUGGUUUUAUUACUAUUUAAUUAUUUAUGGUGCAACUGUAACAAAAACCAAUUUCCACUGGGAUCAAUAAAGUAUGACUAUGACUACGACUAUUGACAGAGGAGAAGAAGCUGUUCCUAAAUGUUGAGUGUGUGUCUUCGGGCUCCUCUACCUCCUCUCUGAUGGCAGCAAUGAGAAGAGAGCAUGUCCUGGGAGGUUGGGGUCCUUAAUGAUCGAUGCCAAAUUUUUGAGGCACCGUGCUCGGUACCAACAUCAUAGGCCAAAGGGCCUAUUCCUGUGUGGUAGGGUUCUAUUUUCACCACUUCCUCAAACAGUCCUGCCAGACACAACAAACUAUGUAUUAAAACCCACAGCUCUGUUUUCACACUCCAGGGAGAGGGUAACAU